CUCUGUAUAUAAAAAGAUACAUACACAACAGCGCUCCACUUUGUCAAAGUAUUCACACGUUCUCCUUAGUGGCUGAUCACUUUUGAAGACACUGAAGUAUAAAAAAAGAAUAAAGUAGAGAGGUUUCUCUGGAAGCUGUUGACUGGAUCAACAGAGGCUGAACACUGAGGCGACAUGGAAGCUGUGGUUGGACUGUUGCUGCUGCUGCUCGGAGUCUCUCAUGGUGUGGAAACCUACUGUGAUGGCAGACAGGAUGGAGCUCAGUGUUAUGGAGCUUUGGGAGGAACUGUGGUCCUCCAGCUGAUGGACAGCGCCUCAGAAAUAUCUAGAUACCAACUGUUCAAAAACACAACAGCAAUACUCUCUGGGAUAAAGAAGAGAGUGACUGUGAUAGCAGACAGAUCCUCAUUUACUCCCAGUAAUGGAACAUUUAGGAUCAACGACCUGAGCAGGACUGAUGGUGGUGAAUAUACUCUUAAAAUCUUUGAUUCAGAAGGACUCAGUUUAAAGCAGCGGACUCUACAGUUGAUCAUUCAAGCUCCUGUGUCCUCUGUCCUGCUGGUCUCUGAGUGUCUGUCCCAGGGAGAGAUGAGGGUGUCCUGCUCCUCUGAGGGAGGAGACAGUCCUCAGUACAGCUGGACUCUGGAUGGACACACACUGACAGACACUCAGCUCCUCUCUGUAAAUAAUGAGACCAACAACAUCACUCUGAAACAAGACGUCUCAGGACAACUGACCUGCUCAGUCAAGAAUCACGUCAGUACUGUCUCAGAAACAAAGACAAUAUCUACCUGUGGCUUCAUAUUUAUUAACUGCAUCUCAAAUGGGACACGCAUAUCACAGUGGGUGCUUGAAGCCAAUAACACUCUGUGUAUUGGGACAACAACAACACCAACUUCUACCAUGACACCUGAGGGUAAGGAGAAUGACACCACAGUGUCAAUUAAACCCUCCACUAAUAAUACAUCCUCCAAUCAAACCUCCUCCAACACAGACCCAUGGUACAUUAGGCAUAUACCAAUUAUAGCUGGGGUACUCUCUGCUCUCGUAAUUCUCCUUGUGGUCGGGGUGGCAUUAGUCUGUGUUCAUCAGAAAAAACAAAAAAACAAACCUAAAGAAGAAGAUGAUGAACAGGAGUUAACAUAUGCUGAUGUUAGGAUCGUGCAGCGGCAGGGGAGGCAGAUACAGCAGGUGGCAGAGGUGGAUGUGGAGUAUGGCCAAGUGAAGUUCUCAGGGCGACCUCGACAGACUGUUAAACAGACAGAAGAUGCGUGUGUGUACGCCAUGGUCCGUAAAGGCAGGUGAAUCAAAAUGUUCAGUGUUUUUACACUGAAGGCAGAUGGAGGAAAUGUCUCACCAUUAUUUAAUGUGAUUUUCAAUAGGAAGCCAUCAGUGCUCAUAGUAUUUAUUUCCAUCACUUAUAGUUUAGUUCUGAUGAGCGGACGUAUCAGUUCCAUCAUUUUUGUCACAUUAGUAUUUAUGGACUUGUUUUUACAGACUAUUUAACAUUUCCUUAAAAAAAAAUUUUUUGUCUUUAUUUACACAAUGUUGUGCUUCCUUGUUGUUACUUGUAAUUUCAAAGUAAAGUUGCAAUAAUUGUCAUACGCAUUUUUAAGAAUGUAAAUGUCUUUACAGCAUUUUUAGUUUUAUUCAUAUUUAAGGAUUGGUAGAUAUGAACUGUGCUCUGAAAAAGUUACAUUGUUACAUUCAUGCUGGUGAAUCAUUUGUGGUCACGUGUCAUCUAUUUUUAACUUGAUCUGACAGUAAUAAAGUCACUUAAGUUUACUUCAAAUCAAAAUGUUUUUUUUUAAACAGAUGUGGAUGGAUUAGUUAAGGCUCAGAGUAUAUCAAAGGAACUUUUUUGCUCUUGCUUGGUAGAUGAACCCUCUAUCCUAUUGAUUGUUUUUUGCAAUUGUGAAGAUUUCUCAGACCCCAGAGGGGUUUAAUUAAAGGCUCAAUGCAGUGCGUGAGUCUCAGUCUCAUGUUCAACCGCGUUGCCUUCCUUUGGUUCUUUAGGCCAAGCCGCUUGUCUUUCAGGAAGUUGGCAGUGAGCACAAAGUUGUUUCCAUGAUGUAAACACUUCUGCUUUUUCAGUGUUCAGUCUUGCAAAAGAUGUGUUGCUCACUGUCCAGUGUUCCAACCAUUUGUUUCAGCUAAUGCUAAAAAAUCCCUUUAGUUCAAUGAUGAAAGUGAGUGAGUUGUGUAGUUGCAGCUUACAAUCAUAUAUACGUUGGUUGGGGAAGUUUGUUGGGUUUACUUUAGUAGAUGCAGACAUACAAUCUUUUUAUUAAUAAUUGCACUUUGCCUGAAAAAAAAACAGCAGUUCCUUUUGAAAUUUCAAAAUGAUUACCACUUCCACCUUUUCCCCUUAACAAAUACAAUAUGUUUGCAACAAAGGAGGAACACCUGGUAAACGACUGGGUUAAUUUGUUCUCUUUUCUUGUUUAAUGAAACGAGAGGGGAACUGAGAGGGACAAAUGUAGUUUUCUUUUUCAAGAGGAAAGGGACUUAACAGUUUGAGUGUUAUGAGAUGUGUUAUCUUUUAACCAUCAUGUUUUCUAUAUUUAGUGUGAUGCGUUUCCUACGACUGUGGCUUCCAGUACAGAAUGUACCUGCCACAACAGAUAUCAGUGUUACUCAGCUAGCUUGCCGCUUACUGAUGCUUUAAUAAGUUAAAUAACUCAGACUCCAGCUUUUAACUCUGGAAGAAUAAACUCAUCUACAUUGUGGUUAAUUAUGAUUCGCUCAUGAUUUAAAAUUAUUCUGACAGGUUUCAAUGAAGGAAGGAAUUAAAUUCAACUACAUGCAAGUGAGGACUAGAUUAAGUAGAUAAAUAUGUUAUUUAUAUCCAUUGUUGUGCCGUGAGCAGGUAAACAAGGAAUAAACAGUAAAACACAGAGCACAUCCAAUACCACAAUGUUAGUACACUAGCAGAAUUUACGUGAGCCCCUUUGCAUAUUCUAGACUCAGAGGUUUUGUUGUUAGAGCAUGAGAUAAAAAUAGAACCGUUAAAUCUUCAAUGCAGAGACCGACUGCUGUGAAUAACCUUUUGGUAUUUCUGUCUGGUGUCUUCCAGUCUGGUGCAAGUUAGUUGACUGUAGUUUUGUUUAAUUUAAUGGCUUGGCAUUUUUUGUUUUAAAGCAUCAGUGUGUAUGAUUUAGUGGUAAAGUUGCAGAUUGCAAACCAGUCUUUGUCUUGUUUUUCUAUUCCAAGCACAAAAACAGAAACUAUGGUGGCCACAAUACGUGUGAUGAAUGCCGAACUCCCUAUCUAGAGCUGUUUAGUGUGUCUAUGAGGAUCUGUAUAGUGUCUGUAGUUCUCAAGUAACAUCUUAUUUUCAGGUGACUCUACAACAAUAAAAAUAUAUUAUAUAUUAGUAAUAAAUAUAGUCAAAAUCAAAUAUAUAUAUAUAUAUGUGUGUGUGUGUGUGUGUGUGUGUGUGUGUGUGUGUGUGUGUGUGUGUGUGUGUGUGUGCUUGUAUUUUUGUAUUUAAGGUAACACCACAUGCUUUUAGUUGUAUACUUGCGAUGGGUUUAAUCAAGUCAGGGGUUACGGGAUUGGUUUGGUUUGAUAGCUUGAGGUUAAAGGUUCACAACCAUAGAUUGCUAUUCAGCUGAUUCAGAGUUAUAAAAUUGGUGUUUAUGGGUCAUGAUAGUUGUAGUGUCCUUAAACAGCCACCUGAGCACAUUUCUUUGUUGAACGCUCUUGUUGAAACACAGGUGAUCUUCUGACUAACAUAAUUUACUGAGCAAAUAAUUAACAACACAGGUGAAGUGCAAUAAAGACGCAGUCCAGUCCAGUAUCCUUUUGUCAUCUGAUUAGUUAUCCAGUACUACUUUAUUCAAUGCAAUAACUGUAUGCAAAUCACAAUGUACUGUUGCAGCUGUUUGAUAUGUGUAUAACAUAGGAAAUCCAAAAAGAUUAGACUGUUGCACUUUAGCUCUUGAUAGGUUUGGUUGACACGCAAUUGAACAUUUAUUUCUUCCUCAUAAAAAAACAGGUGAUUUUGUCGUUGUCAUGACACAUUCAUGUGAUGUUACUUUGCAAUGCCAAAGACAUCUAACUAUAAAACCAAGACUGGUAUGUGGUGCCAAUUCAUCAGUCCUGGGCAUGUCAGUUUUUGAAGAUAUUCCUCAGGUGACUUGUGAUUUACCAUUUUAAUAUUUUGUAUAUAAUUUAGCAGAGUAGAGAAAACAGCCCAGAUACUUUUUCUCUUUGGCAUAAUGAAGAGUUAUCUACUCUCAGUGUUAAUGAACGUGCAGCAAAACAUCUUUUAUAAGCAGCGAAAUAAGCCUCUGCUUAAGUGUGAAAAUAUAUAAGCAAUGAAAGAGAAACCUUAAAGAAACGGAUGAAUACACAGGCUGCACAAAGAUGAUGCUACAGUCAUUUAUUUUGAAAUCCUUGGCUGAGUGCGGUUGGUACUAAAUUUUCAUUGCUACAUUUGUUACUUUUCCUUCCUCUUCUGUGACCACCAAACAUAAACAGUCUGAAAGCUGACAACCACUUACAUAUAAAGCAACACAUAUUCAGCACUUUACACAAUACAUACGACACAAAAGACUUGAGAAGCUAUUUUUUCCCCCUACUGUUACAGUGGCUGUAAAAUGAUUUGCCAUAUUGCAGCAACCCUUUUUUAAGGAUGUGUCUUAACACUGCUGUCUGAGCAUUGUAUCCCACGGCCAUUUUUUAAAUAUGUUUGCUCUCAGUUCCUUGUUGUUAUCACAAUGUUGUACCAAAAAAAUAAAAAUAAAAUGAGAAUAUAUUUUAAGUCAGAAUGGGGAACAUGUUUGUGCAUGUUAUAUUAUAAGCCUGUUUACCUGUUGCAAUAAAUGCCAAAUGCCAACAUUUGUUUUAUAAUAUCAAGAUUACUUUAACUUCCUUUUUUUUUUUCCAUUUUAACCCUUCUAUUAGGGUACAUACAGCUUCCUUCCUCUUUCAAACUGUAACACAUUUGUUCAGUAGAAAAAUGUAUAUUCCCGUGCAAUCAUGCAUACAUAUUACAUAAGAAAGAACAUUAAAGGCUUGUUGAACUUU